AUGGUGGCGAAUGGCGACACACCUGCUAGAGGGAGUAUGGCGGCAGCUGCAAGCCUGCGCAGGCGUAGGACCACAAGCGCUGCUGCUGCUGGCGGAGGUGGUGCCAGCUCGAUGCUCCAGUUCUACACCGAUGAGGCUGCGGGCCGCAAAAUGUCACCAAACACCGUUCUGAUCAUGGGCAUUGGGUUCAUAGCUAUUGUCGCUAUGCUCCAUGUUUUUGGGAAGCUGUACCGCACCUCCAACUAGGCUGGUACUUACCAUAACCAAGAAAACAGAGGCCACCAAGAGAGGAGCCUUAUAGAGCCAUUUCAAUGGAUAGCAAGUGACUAUCAGAGAGGAACCUUGUAGAGCGAUUUCAAUGGAUAGCAAGUGACUAUCAGAU